UUUUGUUUAGACUAAUCAAACAACUUGUACCGACAAGCAGUGGGUUUUGAGGAUUAUUGGUUGGUGUACGUGAUUUAGUCUUCGGUUUGUUAGUAAACUAAGUCGUCCUUUUGCAUCCUCCAUUCACUAAGAGGUACUCUAAGGCCCCCUUUGAGAUUUGAAGUGGGAUAUUUGGGUCGUUAAUAUUCCAUUUGACAUGAAAUGGAAUAGACUUUUCAACUUUGGUAUUAUUAGUCUGCGGGGAGUAGGGAUAUUUCGUGGUUAUUCCGACAUUACCAGAGUGGUAUAUCGCGGCAUGGCUCCUUACAGGAUCGUGUUUAUCCGCCACGGAGAGAGUGUUUACAAUGAAGAAAAUCGAUUUUGUGGUUGGCACGAUGCAGACCUUUCAGGACAAGGUAUCACUGAAGCUAAGCAAGCUGGCCAACUUCUUCACCAAAAUCAUUUCACCUUUGACAUCGCCUAUACAAGUGUUCUAAAAAGAGCCAUCAAGACUUUAAACCUUGUCCUUGAUGAACUUGAUCUUAACUGGAUACCUGUGAUAAAAACAUGGCGUCUAAAUGAAAGGAUGUACGGUGCUCUUCAAGGUUUAAAUAAGUCUGAAACCGCUGCCAAACAUGGAGAAGAACAAGUUAAAAUAUGGAGACGUGCUUAUGAUAUACCUCCCCCUCCUGUUGAUACUUCAGAUCCUCGCUUCCCCGGUAAUGAGCCAAAGUAUGCCUUACUUGACUCUUCCUGCAUACCACGUACUGAGUGUUUGAAGGACACUGUUCAACGUGUACUGCCAUUUUGGUUUGAUACUAUUUCUGCAAGCAUCAAGAGGCACGAACAGGUUCUGAUUGUCGCCCAUGGAAACAGUUUACGAGCGCUUAUCAAGUACUUGGAUAAUACAUCGGAUUCAGAUAUUGUAGAGCUUAAUAUACCCACUGGUAUUCCACUAGUUUAUGAACUGGAUGCGAACUUGAAGCCAACCAAACACUAUUAUCUUGCCGAUGAAGCGACAGUAGCAGCCGCUAUAGCACGUGUGGCGAACCAGGGAAAAAAGAAAUGAAGCGAAGAAUGAUCCCUAUCGAUAAUUGCUUCAUUAUUCAUUCAUCCACCAAUAUUUAUACAUGUUUUGGAUAAUUUUAGUCAUCUAUAGCUUACAGUAAUGAACAGAUACUCUGAUCGUCCUUACUCAUAAUCGUACUGUACGAAGUAAAUAUUUUCCUUCAUAGCGUUUGUUUUGCAUGUUAUAGUUAUGGCCAAUAAAAAUGAUCGAAAAUAUACCAGGAUUUUUUGUAGUUGGGAUUAGGAGACCGCAGGAAAUGUUAUUGGAAUUCGAUGUUAAUCCACAUCACUGAAUGUACGGUAUAUUCUAUUGAGAUGAUGGAAGCGAUGUUUUGUUAAGGAGGAGGAUUUAAAGUGACAUGUUUCUUGAGCUUGAUGGGUUCUUUCUGUCCGAACUAUUUGCCUCAAAGAACAAAACAUUUAUCGUUUCAUCCUGUAAUAAAUCACAAUCACCCAAAAAACUUGAG